UACUGACAUCGUUGAUGGCAAGCUGAAGCUGAUCCUUGGUCUGAUAUGGCUCCUCAUCCUGCAUUACUCCAUCUCCAUGCCGAUGUGGGAUGAUGAGGGUGAUAUGGAUACUGACAAGAAGAAGCAGUCACCCAAGGAGAAGCUGCUUGGAUGGAUCAAUGGCAAGGUACCUGAUAAGCCAAUCAACAACUUCAACAAGGAUUGGAAAAACGCCCAGGCCAUCGGAGCACUUGUUGAUGCUGUGGCUCCAGGUCUUUGUCCUGACUGGGAGGAUUGGCAACCGAAGGAUGCUCUCAAGAAUGCCACAGAAGCAAUGAAACUGGCUGAAGAUUGGCUCGAUGUACCUCAGGUGUUGAGACCAGAGGACAUGAUCAACCCUGCUAUUGAUGAUCUUAGUAUGAUGACCUACCUAUCUGCCUUCCCUAAAGCCAAACUCAAACCAGGAGCACCACUCAGACCCAAGAGUAAUGCCAAGAAGGUGCGUGCCUAUGGCCCCGGUCUUGAGGAUGGUAAUGUCAUUUCUAAGCCUACUGAAUUCACCGUUGAAACAUUCGGUGCAGGCAGUGGGAACGUGGAAGUGCUCAUUAAAGAUCCGAAAGGCAACAAAGUAGAAAACGCCAUCAGAGCAAACAAGGACAAGAAACAAACAUACACCGUAGAAUACACUGCCAAAAUUCAUGGAAAACACACGAUCACAAUCACCUUCAAAGGAGUUGAUAUACCUAAGAGUCCUUACACUGUCAACAUUGGUAAUAUCACAUCUGAUGCCAGUAAGUGCUCUGCUAAAGGACCUGGUCUGGAAGUAACCGGUGUCAUCCUCAACCAGAAGACAUAUUUUGAGAUCUUCACUGCUGGUGCUGGAGCCGGAACACCAACAGUGAUGAUCUUGGGACCUGACGGUAAGGAAGUGAAAGCUACAAUGACGGAUAAAGGCAAGGGUGUGUAUUACGUUGAAUACACACCAACUACCGUGGGUAGCUACAAGGUAGAAGUCAAGUUUGCUGGUGCUCAGAUCCCCGGAAGUGUCUUCAAUGUUAAGAUUGCUCAUGCCCUGAAUUCAAGUAAAGCCUUUGCAUAUGGACGUGGUCUCCAACCCAAAGGACAGAGAGUCAAGGAGGAAUGCAUCUUUUUUGUCGACACUAAAGAGGCGGGAGAGGCAGAACUGAAAGUGCAGAUCAUUGGCCCUGGUGGCAUCGAUGAACCUGUCAAGGUCACCUACAACAACGAUGGUCUCUACACCUGCAAGUAUUCUCCUUACAAACCUGGUCGCUACAUUGUAAACAUCAAGUAUGGAGGACAGCCUAUCCCCAAGGCUCCAUUCACUGUCAACAUUGGGGCUGAGCCUACUGGACCUAUUACCUUUGUACGUGCCUUUGGACCUGGCCUUGAGAAGGGUAUAGUCGGCAAACCCUGUGACUUCACCGUUGAAACCAAUGGUGCUGUUGGAGCUCUUGGAUUUGCUAUUGAGGGACCUUCGCAAGCUGAGAUCAAAUGCAAGGACAAUGGAGAUGGAUCAUGUGAAGUCUCCUACUUCCCAACUGUUGAAGGAGAGUACGCUAUCCAUGUUACCUAUGAGGAAGAAGAUAUCCCUAACAGUCCUUUCAUUGCCAAGGUUACACCCAAUCCUGGUGGAUUUGAUGCAACGAAGGUGAAGGCAUUUGGCCCAGGCCUGAAACCAGACGGUAUCGAGAUCAAGAAGAGGACUGAAUUCACUGUGGAAGUCAAGAACGCUGGCAAGGCUGAACUUGUCAUCGAUAUCAAGGACCAAUGGGGCAACAAGGUUGAAGCUGAGGUCAAGGACAACAAGAAUGGAACCUUCACGGUCUACUACACUCCAGAACAUCCUCUAAAACACACUGUGGCUAUCACAUGGGGAGGUGUUAGUAUACCUGAGAGUCCCUUCAAGGUGUCUGUUGGUGGUGGUCCGAGCAAGGUCAAGGUAUUCGGACCUGGUGUAGAGCAAGGUAUGGUGAAGGCAAAGACACCAACUCACUUCACUGUUGACUGUAAGGAGGCUGGAAAAGCUCCCAUCACGGUGGGCAUCAAGUCUAAGGCUGGAGUCAACGGUCCUAAAGAGAAGGAGAUCCCUGUCCAGAUCAAAGACAACAAUGAUGGAACCUAUGCAGCAAACUACACCCCAGAGGCUCCUGGAGAAUAUGCUGUUGGAGUCAAGUACGGAGGCACCGAGAUCCCUCAGAGUCCCAUCACUGUCGGUGUCGUUCCUGAUGUUGAUGUCGGAAAGAUCCAGAUCACUGAUCUUCAAGAAAGCCUAGAUGUAGGCAAAGAAAACUCCUUUCAUGUCGAUACUGGCAAUGCUGGUGAUGGAGAGCUGGAGGCUUUCCUCACGGGACCCGAUGAGCAGAUCGUCCCCGUUAAGGUCGUCCCGGUCGAGUCAGGUUUUGACGUCAUGUUCACACCCACGGAAGAAGGUCCACACAAGCUGGAUAUGAAGUACGGCGGAGUCCCCAUGCUGGAUAAACCAAUUUCCUUAGAAGCCGUUCCUAAAGCCGAUGCCCAGAGGGUCUUGGCAGACGGCGAUGGUCUCAAGAAAGGCUAUGUUGGCAAACCCGCAGACUUCGUGAUAGACAUCCGCAACGCAGGACGCGGAGGAUUGGGUGUUACCAUUGAAGGACCAAGUGAGGCUGAAAUCAAUUGCGAAGACAACCGAGAUGGAACAUGCUCUGUCAACUACACACCAGACUCUCCAGGAAUCUACACCAUCAAUAUUCUCUUCGAUGGAAAUCACAUCAAAGAUUCUCCAUUCUCUGCCAAGGUCGUUGAUCCAUCACGUGUGAAGACAAGCGGACCCGGUCUAACCAAUGGGGCAUUCAUGGAUUUCCCCUGCACCUUUCAGGUGGAUUGUAGCGAGGCUGGCCCAUACUUUGAUGAUGAAUACGAUGAUGAACAUGCCCUCCCAGUCAACGGUAUGGUAGUUGGUCAGGAUGGUGAUAUCCUAAAAGUGGAUGUCAAACCGCUGGAAGAAGAUGUUUACCAGGUUACAUACUUCCCUGAGGAGGAAGGACCAGUCACUGUUGAUACUAUCUACUGUGAUCGACGAAUCCCUGAUUUCCCCAAGAAAGUAGAGGUUCAGGAACCUAUUGAUUUUGACAAGAUUCUUCUUGAUGGAGCUGGAUUGGAAAACGCUGUAUUCCUUGAAUGUCCAACUGACUUCAAGGUGGAUGCCAAGGCCCUUGAUAAACCAAUCAACAAGGAUCUCUUGAAGACAGAGGUCACCACUCCAUCAGGAAAGAAGCUCAAACCAACUAUCAAGGACAACCAAGACCAGACACUGACCUGUUCUUAUACACCUGUAGAACAAGGACCUCAUAAGGUUGAUGUAGCCUUUGCUGGCCAACCCCUUGGUCAGUCACCUUACACUACUGAGGCUGUCCCAGGUCAUGAUGCUUCUAAGGUUAAAGCCUAUGGUCCUGGACUUCAAGCUGGUGUUACCAAGAAGCCCGCUCAGUUCACCGUUGAGACCAAGAACGCUGGCAAAGGUGGAUUAGGAAUCCUGAUUGAAGGACCAUCAGAACCUAAGAUGACAUGUAAAGAUAACAAGGAUGGUACAGCUUCUGUUGAGUAUCUUCCAGUAGAACCUGGUGACUACGCUGUCCAUGUUACCUUCGCUGAUGAAGCUAUCCCAGGAAGUCCAUUCAGACCAUCAAUUCAGGACAGUAUUGAUGCUAGUAAGGUUAAGGCUCAUGGACCAGGUCUAUCCAAGGAUGGUGUUAGGGCUAAUGUACCAGCCAAAUUCACUGUGGAUGCAACCAAGGCUGGCAAAGCUCCACUCGAUGUCACAGUCAUCCAAGAAAAAGGUGGUCCUGAGAAGGCUAAGAUCGUAGACAACAAAGAUGGAACCUUUGAUGUCACCUAUGUUCCAAAGACAGAGGGACGUUGUCAAGUUGACAUCAAAUAUGAUAACAAGAACAUCCCAGACAGUCCCUUCAACACCAAAGUGCUUCCAAAGUCUGAUGCAUCCAAGGUCAAAGUAGCCGGUCCGGGAGUGCAGAAGACUGGAGUCUUAGCCAGUUUGCCUGUAGAAUUCACUGUAGAUACCAGGGAAGCUGGUGAUGCUGAACUCAUCAUUUCUAUCACUGACAAGAAUGGUAAACCAGUCAAACCUGACAUCAAAGACAAUGGUGACGGUACCUUCACUAUCUCCUACGUACCAACUGACGUCGGCCAGUACACUGUCACCGUUACCUACGGUGGCAAGAACGUACCAGCUUCACCAUUCAGUGUCAAGACAAGUCCUACAGGAGAUGCCAGCAAGUGCAGUAUCAUGGGUUGUAAGAGCGGCAAUUACGAGAUUCCAGUUAGACGUGGUAGCCUAAAGAGCUCAGAGAGUACGACCACAACCCGUACCACUACCACACGAACCACUACCACAAAAGAGACCAUCACCAAGACUGUGGUCGUUGAGGAAGAGACUGUUAUCAAGGUCAACUCAAGGGAUGCAGGUAAAGGUCGUGUGACCUGUACAAUUACUGGUCCUAAUGGUCAAGAGAUCCCUGAUGUGAAGGUCAUUGAGAACCCUGAUGGAACCUUUGAUAUCAUCUGGACAUGCCCUGCGGCAGGAAACUAUGAAGUAGAUCUGAGGUUUGGUGGUGUUUCUCUGACCGGUGGACCCAUUACAAUCUUUGUGAGUAGAAUAAAUUCAUUAAUCCCUCACAUCCAUCACAUUUCCUCCAGCAAAAGUUGCUCCUGUAGAAAAAGUUGUGUGUAUUGUACCAUUUGAGACAAAUAAUUAACUUACAAUUCUGUCGUAGAAGUCAUCAAACGGGUUAAAAAUAUUCCCUUUGUGGGAAUUUCAUCAUUGUAUUUCCAAAGCUGGUCCAGAAAAGACAAAAUAUUUGACAAGAUGGAGGAUGGGGGGGGGGGGCAUGCAUGGCCUCCUAUCUGGACCAUACCUCACAUGCAAGAGUCCACCCCCCCCCCAUGAAAUGUCAUUUAGACCACAUUUUAAUAUUUUAUAAUAAGUUCAGAUACAUGAUAUCAAAAAGUGCAUUCACAUAUGCAGAGUGAUGAAAGUAAUCUGGAUGUAAUGCACAUUCCCAGAAUUGUUAUGGUAAAGGAAUACACAACAUCUCGUCACUUUAAAGGUAGUUCAUGUAACCAAUAUAUGUUAGACUGUUCUUGCAUGCUCUAUUUUACCUUUAACAUUAUUAGUCCAUGUUUUGUUAUUUCAUUCUCUUAUUUAUUAUUUCUUAUUCAGCUUUUUCAUCUUUGCAUUCUUUUAUUGUAAACUUUCCUCUUUUUUCCAUAAAAUGUAUUAACAAAUAUCAAAAUUUUAGUGUGGUAAUUUGAACCUAUGGCUUAGAUAUCCAAUUAGAUAUACAUGUACAAGUUACCAAAUGUCAAAUGUGAAUCAAAUCUCUAUAACCCCUACAUCUCACUUUAUGUAUUCUCUGCAGUCAAAUAGAGGAAGAAAAAUAUAAAAUUUGAUCUGAAAUUUUUAACUUGAAAAAAAAAAACAUAUCACACACCAUUAAAAGGCCUAUUCCAACCCAAUAAACCAUUACACUGAAAAUUUCAUCAAAAUCUGUUAUGAGAAAGUUAUAUUUUCAAUUUCUCUGUAUUUUGACAAAUGGUUAUACAUACAAUACAGAGAGAACCAAUUAUUUCACACUCUUUCUAUUGUAUAUGAAAUAUAAAUGUUUGAAUUUUGGCCGAUUUGAGAAUUAUAAAGCAUGUUAAUUGGUCACAAUAAUUUGCAACAAUGGCAAUCCCAGACAUUCAAAUGAAACUUGUAAAUGUCAUAACUUUCUUAUAUUACAUCUGCAUUUGAUUAAAUGUUCAGCCUUAUGAUUUGUUGCAUUUGUUUCUUUUUAUUCAAAAAAUUUUUUGUCGGGUAUACUUGCACUUUAAAGUUCUAACUUAGUAGUCAUAUAAUACAAUAGUUGAAAUUUGUUACUACUAGUAAAAAAAAAUCUGCUUGACUGUGUAUAGAAACAAUUUUUAUUCCUUAUGAUAGUGAUGCUACAGAAUAGACAGAGCUUUCACAUGUGGAUUGUUAACCCACAGAUAAGAAAACUAUCAAUCUUUUGAUUUCAUCUGACUAGUUAUCUAGACAUAGUGCUUACAAUUGUUUGUUUGGUCUGGUCUUCUCUGGUACUGUGAAGGACAAAGUAAGGUGUUCGAUCUGGGCGAUAAAAUGGUACCUUGCCAGAAGCAAAAGCGUUCGUAAGUCAGAACAGCUCUGUAUUAUAACACAUAAACCCUUCUCUGAGUGGCUGUUCGAUCUGGGCGCUAAAAUGGUACCUCGACAGAACCAAAAGCGUUCGCAAGCUUGAUAUUUUUAGGUCUGCCUAUUGGUAUUUCGCCAACCCCUUCACCUAUUAUUUGAAGUAUAUCCCUUCUGGUGAGGAGAGUUUUGCAGUAUUGCCAUUUGUUCAGUUUUUAACUGAAUUGUCCAUUUCUUAAAGUUUUCAUUUCCCUAAAAAACUGAACGUUCAGAUUUGGGGAUUUUGGGACAUUUGGCUAUCCAUAUUUGCAUAGUGUGUCAAUUAUUGAUAUUAUGAUUGUUUUUAGAAUAUAAAUCAAUUUCUGUAUUUUGGUUCAACAAAUCAUAACACACCCAAAUACAGUAAUUCUUGAGGCUGAAUCUUCUCUCAAGGUAUGCACCAGAUUGCACAAUUAUAAAUUCAAAAAUGCAAAAGCUCCCUAGUGGGGUGUCCCCCUUCCCACACCCACUCGCCCUCGGUCGUUCCGCUCCCUCGCAAUAAAUGGUUCAGUUUGCUGCGUUUAAUGUUGGCAAGUCUGGUUUUGACCUUCAUUGUAAUAUGAAGAGAGAAACAAAAACAUGGUUAUC